AUGGCAACGACGGCAGACUUUGUGGGGAGGAACUGCCCCCACUGCGGCGCCAUCGACAGCCUGGAGACGGACGACGCGCUUGGCGAGGUGGCGUGCACGGAGUGCGCCCUCGUGGUGGCGAUGGGGCUUGAGGAGAACGCCCUCACGCGGUACGACAAGGACGCCACGUACGAGGACGCCGACAAGCAUCGCGCGCGGGAAGACACGACGGCGUCCACGCUGCACGCCCUCUCCGCGUCCUCAUCGGCGAUGGGGCCGCCCGGCGGGGACAUGUUGCCCAAAGUCGCGCUUCACCCGGCCAUGCUCAACUGCAUCCGCAGCCUGCAGAAGAAGUCGGGGGUGCCGGAGCAGGCGAUUGGCCGUGCUGUGAAUAUUGCGAGGCGGUUUGUCGGUGGACGACGGGCACGCGGUCAGCGUGUUGGGAAGCAGCAGGAUGUGGCGGCGGCCUGCUUCAUGAUUGCGGCGGAGCAGCUGAGCCACCCCGUGCCCAUGCUGGAGCUGCGCCAACUUGACCCCGCGAUUGGCAACGUCGAGUACCCGCGGGCGGAGAUCGUGAAGGAGACCCACAUGGAGGAUGAGGAGCUUCGGCUGAAGGCCGUCUACGUCGACAACCUCCUCACCGUCUACCUUCGCAAGCUUAGCCUCCAACUCUCACUCUACAUGCCGCGCUGCAAGCGGCUUCUGGAGGCGGUGCAGCGGGUCGAUGCCCUCCGCAGCGCGGGGGUCGUGGAUAAAAUUGUCAUGUCGCUGCUGCUCACUCUCACCUCGCCGAGCUUUGAAGUAGAGAGAAGGCCGCCCCUGCCGGCCGCCCGCAGCAGCGGGGUUGGCCGCGGCACCGAGACCGUCUACGCCAACUUUGCGGCCAAGGCCCACUUGGAUGUUGGCAAGGUAAAGAGAGUGAUGCAGACCGCACUACAACACCUGCAGGCGAUCGAGGAGGCCUUUGCCGCCACGACAGCUUCCGCGGAAGGCGCACGCACCAGCGCGACAAAGAUAGAGGCCGAUGAUAAUAAUAACAGGGAGAAUAACCCCACGGCGCCCGCGACCAAGCGCAUGAAGCUGGAAAAGCCGUAA